AUGGCAUGCUUUCUCUUUCCUGCGUUAGCGGCACCACAAGGCCUUCGCCCGCGAAAUUGUUAUGGCACCAUCCUCACGGACAUUGUUCGCGCAUCCUCCGACGCCAUCGACGCCUUAACGCUCUAUCGCCGUCUACUAUUUACCAACGAUACAUACGUAGAUGAUGCCGGUUUCGCCGCGUUUGACGCUCAUGUUGGUGACACCUCCUGUCAGCUUCGAGCAGGAAUGCUCCUCGACUUGACCAAGAUGCAUCGGCACUGGGCCUCGAGCAGCUGUGAUAAAGAGACGUCCUGGCUCGAUAGAUACAUCGAACGGCUCACCAACGUGCUCGAUGGAGCCCGCAAGAUGCUAGCCAAGCUCACCAUCGAGCGUGUUCACCCAGAGAAACUGGGGAUUGGCCCGAAGAAGGAUAGCCCGGACGGAUUACUCCGCAAAUUGGGAUGGGAUGAACAGGAAAUCUUGAAUACAAUUACGACUCUCUAUCCAGCAGGCCAGUCAAAGACGCCACGGACUCACGAGGGCUAUCUCAACGGCUGGGAUUUGACCGGUGUCGAGGAGGAGCAGCAGAAGCAGCUGGUACCUAGCUGCACAGAGGAUUCCUGGUGGCAGAUUCGCAAUGAUUCUGCGGUAGUUGAGAGAGCUAUUUCUCGCCGCGAAGACAAAACUAUGGUGAUUGUGGAUGACAUCGACGUAAGGCCAGCAGCGGAAACGGUCGUAUCAUCAUCUGCGUCCACAGCAUCAUCCAACGAAGGAGUGGAUGGAAUUGAAUGGAAUCCACUGUCGCCGUGUACUAUGGUCCGUUUCCUUACCUAUUCUUUUGUUCUUUCCAAGUAUAAGUGUUUCCGUCGGUUUCAGCACGUUGUGGGGGCGCGCAUCGAUUUUGAAGCAGUGAUCCAGGCAGGAGACGAAAUGGUCGGCGAUGUGUGGGACUAUAGUGUCCGCGACUACAAAUAUUCAAAGUCCACUCGCCGAAUCGAGCUAGAAAUCGGGCGCUUACAGAGCUGGAUAUCGAAACUGAGUUCUGCAUGGCUGUAUGAUAUUGCAAAGGCAUCAUCAGCCUCGCCUGGGAUUGAAAGUUUGAUGAUACGUACCACCCGGACCUCCUCGACCGAUUUAACCUGCGUCCCAACAUAUGUCGGUUAUUUAGCGAUACGAGAGUUAUGGGGGAGGGACACAGAUGCCUUGAUUCUGGUUGACCGGCACUUCUGUGAUGGCGGUUACCACUCUAACUUCUUCUUGGCCACGCUCAGGCUCGAAAGCACGAAUGCAACCACGGACCGAGAUGGUCUCCCACCACAACGUCUACCACUGAAGCAUAGAGUAACUUGGGAAAUUGAGAGGAUCAGCAAAGAUUGGCUCCAGAAGCAUCAGGAUCAACAUCAUCCACACAUCAUCAUCAUGGGAAACAGCAUUGAGGGCUCCUAUGAGGAUUACAUGACCGCCUCAAGCACUCGCCGGCGACAUGAGACGCACAGCUGCGACGACAACGAAGCGCACAUUGCCAAGUUUUUGGCUCAUGAUCACGAUCGGCUGACACUGUCUUUCUUUGCCAGGCACAGACAUUAUACGUUUGAUCUGAACAGUUCCAAGCCUAGCAUCGGCGUUGCGGGUGAGCGGAAAGAGGUCGCAGAGCAGAUGGAACAGGUCUUUCCUGGAUUAGCAGAGCAGUGGAGCAUUUCCAACCUAGAAGCAGAGGCGAUGGGUACUGCAGACGGCUCAUUGCACAUGUUUGCCUGGCAGCAUGCUUUCACGGAGACCAAGGGCCGGAUUGCAGAAUUGGUUUCUACAGCAAAGGACACGCUGCCAAUAUCGGCCCCACUGGAAAGGAUCUGCUGA